AUUAUGCAUUUAUUCGAGGUUCCUGAACGUAUUUUUGACUACACAAUAAAUCAAGUGGUUACAAUUUUCUACAAUCGCUAUCCAAAUUCAUUUUCUAAACAUGUCAUUUCUGAAGAUGUAAUUUCGCGUGAAAUUAAAGGAGGGAAGAUUAUUACAAGGAAAUUGAUUGUUAAAAGAGAUUUUCAACUCCACCACCAAAUUUUCCUCUAAACAGUAUUCAACAACAACCCCCGCCUCAUCAUCUUCACAACAAACAACAUCAUCAUCUUUGCUAUAUUCUUCACCUUCAAAACAACAUCAACAAAUUGCUCUAUUGCUAAUCCAA